CUCAUCCGUUCUGCACAGGAACAUGGACAGCAAGGGUAGUCUUCCCGCUCCUGAUCCUAUGCUUCGAGCGUGGCGUAGGGUCUCGCUGUGGAUAGAUGCUGGCUGGCGUUUGUAGGGACGUGCUUGUAAUCUCCCUUGGGGCCCUUGGAGGGUGGACGGGUUUGGUUUGGUUUGGUAUAUAAGCUGCUGGCGGGGUGGACUUGGCUGGGCAGAGAAGUUGGAAGUGACAGCCAGCUGUUGUUCGACUUAGUUGACUAGCUCGUCUUUACUAGCUCGACCUCCAGCUCGUCGUUCUGAUUGCUCAACCUAACACGCCAUGGCCACCAUAACCACCACCACCACUACCACCAGCACGUCCCCCUCCGGCACCCUCACGCUCGCGAACGAGCCUACCUCCGUCCUCGCCUCUCUCAACUACUACAUCCGCACGAUCGACGGUUCCAAGCCGUACAACUAUAUCACUCCCGACCCUACGGGUGUCAUCCCCCCCCGGAACUGGAAGCCAGAACCGUUCGCUGCCACAAUUAGGAACAUGCGUGGGAGGGAGGGGGAGGUCGGCUUAGACAGCACGGGGUUCGCAUUUGUCAAAGCGCCGACGAAGGAAGUCGUCUUCGAGGAUUCGGAGGCAGCGUUACAGGCGUAUUACAGCGAGACGAUCGAUCUCGUCAAACGCGUAACCGGAGCAGAGAAAGCGGUCAUAUUCGACCACACGAUCCGCCGGCGCCGGGCUGAGCCUACGCCCGACACGCCCAGCACGCGCCAGCCUGUUCCUCAGGUACAUGUCGACCAGACUCCGGAGUCUGCUCUUGCUCGUGUGUUCAGGCACCUCCCGGCCGAAGAAGCCCGUGCGAGGAGCAAGAGAAGGUUCCAGAUCAUCAACGUCUGGCGUCCUAUUGCUAACGCGGCGUACGACAUGCCCCUUGCCCUAGCGGACGGGCGCACCGUCAGCCCAGCAAACCUCGUCCCCUCUACCCUGCGCUACCCUGACCGAGAAGGCGAGACGUACCAGAUCGCCUACUCCCCGGCGUACGAAUGGUACUACCUUCGAGGGAUGGGGACGGACGAAGUUGCGCUGAUCAAAUGUUAUGAUUCGGAGCCGAGGGAGGGAGGAAGUAGGUUUACACCGCAUACGGCGUUUGAGGACCCGAGUACGCCGGUGGGGGCGCCGAAGAGGCAGAGUAUCGAGUUGAGGGUGUUGGUUUUCUAUUAGCUAGAAGGCGCCGCUGGUGGUGGAAUAGAAUAGAGAGUAUGGGCUU